AAUGUAUCGUUGCUUUGCUUGUGUCUGUCUGCUUGUUGAAGGUUUAGCGACCCAGUACACGGCCACAUCGCUCUCCACCCGGCUUGUGUGGCAAUUAUCGACACACCCCCAGUUUCAGCGACUACGAAACAUCAAGCAGCUAGGAGGAGGCUACUUUGUCUACCCUGGCGCCUCACACAACCCUUUGAGCAUUCCCUCGGUGUAUGCUACCUGGCGGGAGAGAUGGCGAGGACGCUAAAGAACGGUCAAGAUGAGCUGGACAUCGACGACAAAGAUGUACUUUGCGUGGAAAUUGCCGGGCUUUGCCAUGACUUGGGACACGGGCCGUUUUCUCACGUUUUUGACAAUAUGGUUGUACCCCGAGUACGAGAGGACCGUCCUGACUGGAAGCAUGAAGACGCCUCCAAAACAAUGUUUGAGCACAUGAUCGAAGAGAAUCCCAUCAUCAAAAUAAAAGGCGAUUUGAACAGCAAUGAUGUGAUUUUUAUAAUGAAUAUGAUUUGCCCGCCGUCAUCUGAGGAAGAGAAAAUGAAAGAUGGCAGAUGGCCAAAGAAGCGUUCUUGUAUGAGAUCGUGGCCAACAAGAGGAGUGAGGUGGAUGUGGACAAAAUGGACUACAUUGCCAGAGACUGUCUUCAUCUUGGCAUUCGCAGUAGUUUUGACCAUGGUCGCUUCAUCAGUCUGACUCGCGUCAUUCGACACGGAAAGAAAAUGCGACUUUGUGUCCGCGAUAAGGAAGCAUUCAAUGUUUACCAGCUGUUUCAAACUCGACACGCCCUACACAAAAAAGCCUACAAGCACAGGGUGACAUCUGCCGUCGAAUAUAUGCUCGCAGAGAUUUUGAUUAAAGCUAAAGACGUGAAACUCAUCCCUGGAAAAAGGAAGCGCCUGGCUCUUCCCCAGUGUAUCGACGACAUGUCUGCCUACACACACCUGACUGACGAAAUAUUUCAGCAGAUCCGCAUCAGCAGCAAGAAAGAGCUGAAACAAUCACGUGACCUGCUGCAGGCCUUGGAAAGGCGGAAGCUCUUCGUGUGUGUGGCUGAAAGCUGUCCUAUAGCAAACAGCAAAUGUAAGAUUUUAAAGGAAGAUGCUUCAAAACUUGUGAAAGAGACAAAGAUCAAGAAGGAACUUAUACAGCAAUUAAAGAGACACGAUCCAUCAUUUCUGGAUGAUACUAUUACAGUUCAGGUGGUGAUGCUAGAUUUUGGAAAGAAGGAUCGCAACCCUGUUGAUGAACUGUGUUUCUACACCAAGCGAGAUAUCGACACCGCUAUAAAAAUAAAGUCAACAGAGGUUUCCCACUUGUUCCCAAAAACGAUGUUUCAAGAGCAAAUGGUUCGUGUGUUCUUGAAGCACUACUGGGUCGGAAGUAAAUGUGUUUUUGACCAUGAUAGACAGUACAUGGAACGUGUGUGUAAGGUUUUCGAAAAGUGGUGUUCCAAGAACAAGAUAGGAUGUAAGCAACUCCUUAAGGAUCAAGUUCUCCAUUCGUAGUAAGGGAUGCAACGGAGGAAGGAAUUGCCUAUCGGUGUACACAAAACUCUGAGGAAGUAGUAAGCCAAAAACACAAUUUACCUCACAUCCUGGGAAAAGAAACAACGGAUUUUCCUGGGGUCCCUAGUCUUUUUAGUUAUCCUAAAAAUUGUUUCAGUAUUUAAAACAUUUAAUGAGCAAUAUGUCUUACUUUGCUGGACUUUCUUCAACGGCUGAUGUAUAAAAUAUUCAGCUAUAUCCACAUUUUCUGCGUACAUUGAGCUUUUGAAAUUAUGUCUAAUAUAUAGCAGAAUAAAGCUCUGAUGAAAGCCUAAACCACAUUGCCUAAAAUCACUACCAAAGCAAUAUAUCCCUGUAUAUCUUAAAAGGAUCUAUACAAUUUAAGGAGUAAAAUGAAAGGGAAGCCAAUAGAAAAGUUCAAAAAAAAAAA